AUGCGUAUGAAAUUACCUGAUCAACCUCAUGAUUUAUCUUAUUAUACGACAUGGUGGUUAACAUCAGAAUCUUCGAUCUCACCUCAAAAUACAACAUUUUCUGGUUCAGACGAUAAUGUAUGUAUUGAUGAACAUGAAGAAAAACAAAAAACGACAAUGAACGAAAUGACAUUUAAAUGUUGUUUUCCACUAAAAAAAUUUCGAUUAAAAUGGAAAAAGUGA